CAUUUCGGUGAUUUUUUGCGCAACGGAAACGAAAUUACUCAGAGGAGAUCCCGUCUAGGCCCUUCUUCUUCUUCUUCUUCUUCUUCUUUUCCAUACACACAGCAGACACGCACAUAUACAUACGCACAGAGAUAAUAUACAGCAAACCCUAGAUUGUUCAUGCUUCUUCUUCGGUCGUAGCUAUGCAAUCUUGAUUGUUACUCUUGAUUUCGGCUGUCGGGAAUGCUCGCGGCGUCCGAAAGGAUCCGCUUUUGAGGCAUUGCAGAGUUUCUGAGUGAAGAUAUCUAUUUCAAGUCCCGUAAAGAUGAUGUCAAAGUCGUAUACCAAUCUUUUAGAUUUAGCUUCGGGGAAUUUUCCUGCCAUGGGAAGAGAGAGGAAGCGGCUUCCCAGGGUAAUGACUGUCCCAGGAAAUAUUGCCGAGUUUGAUGAUGACCAGGCCCAAAGUGUGGCAUCUGAUAACCCCUCUUCAGUUUCUUCUGAUCGGAUGAUAAUUGUGGCGAACCAGCUCCCUUUGAAAGCAAAUCGAAGUCCGGACAAUAAAGGGUGGAGUUUCAGCUGGAAUGAGGACUCGUUGCUUCUACAGCUUAAGGAUGGACUUCCAGAAGAUAUGGAGGUUUUCUAUGUUGGUUCACUGAAAGUAUGUGUCGAUCCGAGUGAACAGGAUGAUGUGUCACAGCAAUUGCUAGAAAAAUUCAAAUGUGUCCCAACAUUUCUCCCGCCUGAUAUCUUAGACAAGUUCUACGAUGGAUUCUGCAAGAAGCACUUGUGGCCGCUUUUUCAUUACAUGUUGCCAUUUUCGGCGGACCGAGGAGGCCGGUUCGAUCGGUCCUUGUGGGAAGCAUAUGUGUCUGCAAAUAAGUUGUUCUUCCAAAAAGUUGUUGAGGUGAUAAACCCUGAUGAAGACUAUAUAUGGAUUCAUGACUAUCAUUUGAUGGUGCUUCCAACCUUCCUGAGGAGGAGAUUUAAUCGAGUAAGAAUGGGGUUUUUCCUGCACAGCCCAUUUCCCUCGUCUGAGAUCUACAGGACUCUUCCUGUUAGAGAAGAAAUCCUGAAGGCAUUGCUAAACUCUGACCUUAUCGGUUUCCACACCUUUGACUAUGCUCGGCAUUUCCUUUCCUGUUGCAGUAGGAUGUUAGGUUUGGAAUACCAGUCAAAGAGAGGUUACAUUGGGUUGGAAUACUAUGGAAGGACUAUUGGUAUCAAGAUUAUGCCUGUUGGUGUUCAUAUGGGUCGUAUUGCCUCGGUUAUGAAGCAGGCUGAUGAGGAGAGAAAGAUCGCGGAGCUGAGACACCAGUUUGAGGGAAAGACAGUUUUGCUUGGUGUUGACGACUUGGAUAUCUUUAAAGGGAUUGACUUGAAAGUCUUGGCCAUGGAGCAGAUGCUCAAGCAACAUCCAAAGUGGAAGGGAAAGGCAGUGUUGGUUCAGAUUGUAAACCCUGCCAGAGGAAGUGGGGCAAAUAUAGAUGAUACAAAGACAGAGAUUCUAGAAAGCUGUAAAAGGAUCAAUAAGGAAUUUGGCCGCCCUGGGUAUGAGCCCAUAAUCUUCAUAGAUAGCCCGAUUUCAGUGAGUGAAAAGGUUGCUUACUACAGUAUUGCUGAGUGUGUGGUUGUUACAGCUGUGAGAGAUGGCAUGAACCUUACCCCUUACGAGUAUAUCGCAUGUAGACAAGGAUUAUCCGACUCUGAGGCUCAUUUGAGUAACAGUGGGCCAAAAAAGAGUAUGCUAGUGAUAUCAGAAUUUAUUGGGUGUUCUCCUUCACUUAGUGGGGCAAUUCGGGUCAAUCCAUGGAAUGUGGAAACCACGGGGGAGGCCAUGAAUGAGGCCAUUGCAAUGGCAGACUCGGAAAAGCAGCUGAGACAUGAGAAACACUACCGGUAUGUCAUGAGGCAUGAUGUAGCCUACUGGGCCCGCAGUUUCUUGCAAGAUAUGGGUAGGAUAUGCGCUGACCAUUUUAGGAAGAGAUGCUGGGGAAUUGGGUUUAGCUUCGGGUUCAGAGUUGUGGCACUUGAUCCUAAUUUCAGAAAACUUUCGAUAGCUGCGAUUGUAUCGGCUUAUAGUAGGGCUAAGACAAGAGCCAUACUGUUGGAUUAUGAUGGCACUGUGAUGCCCCAGAACUCGAUUCUUAAGUCACCAAGUCAGGAAGUUGUCUCAAUUCUGAACACCCUCUGUGCAGACCCCAGAAACAGUGUCUUUAUUGUCAGUGGAAGGACAAAGGACAGCUUGAGUUCGUGGUUCUCUCCAUGUAAAAAACUCGGGAUUGCCGCAGAACAUGGCUACUUUAUGAGAUGGUCACAAAAGGAAGAUUGGGAAGUGCAUGGUCAAAAUUCCGACUUUGGGUGGAUGCAGAUUGCUGAGCCGGUGAUGAAGCUGUAUACUGAGGCUACUGAUGGUUCUUCAAUUGAAGUAAAGGAAAGUGCUCUCGUAUGGCAAUACCGGGACGCUGAUCUCGGUUUUGGAUCUGCUCAAGCAAAGGAGAUGUUGGACCAUCUCGAGAGUGUAUUAGCAAAUGAACCUGUCUCCGUUAAGAGUGGUCAGUUCAUAGUUGAAGUCAAGCCACAGGGAGCUACCAAGGGCUUUGUUGCCGAGAAGAUCUUCACAUCGAUGACUGAAAGCGGGAAGCAAACCGAAUUCGUGUUGUGCAUUGGCGAUGAUAGAUCUGAUGAAGAUAUGUUUGAAAUAAUAGCGAAUGCAUUCUCAAGGAAUAUUCUUUCUUCCAAGACCGCCGUGUUUGCUUGCACAGUGGGACAGAAACCAAGCAAAGCUACUUAUUACUUGGACGACCCGAGCGAGGUGAUUAACAUGCUUGAAAGCCUGGCUGAGGCAUCUGAUCCUGCACUCUCUUCAGAAGAGGAAAAGGAUGAGAGCUCGAGUUGAGUUGAGAUUUGCGGGUUUCUUUCUUUUGAUUGGAUAGUUCAUUCUAGCCUCUUUAUGUUUCGGGACUAGCUCGAGCACGAUCAUCGUCCCUCUAGCGAAUGCUAAGGUAGAAUCCGUGAUGUGGUCAUUUUACAUGCCCCCAAGACUCGUCCUCUCACAUUUUACCUUUUCAAUUUUCCCCUCCUUUUCUUUGCUUCACACUUGUUAUAGUUUUUAACUGAUAAUUCUUUUAACAGUAAAGAAUCAAAGAGAAGGUUGUUUUCU